CGUGAUGUUUUUUUUUUAUCAAUGCUCAUGCAAUUUUUCUGUUUCUUUGCAGCAAUUUGGUAAAAUCUUAGAUGUUGAAAUUAUUUUUAAUGAGCGAGGCUCAAAGGGAUUUGGUUUCGUUACUUUCGAAAAUAGUGCUGAUGCGGAAAGGGCGAGGGAGAAAUUACACGGCACCGUGGUAGAGGGCCGUAAAAUCGAGGUAAAUAAUGCAACAGCACGGGUCAUGACGAAUAAGAAGACGGUUAAUCCUUACACAAACGGUUGGAAAUUAAAUCCAGUUGUUGGUGCAGUCUAUAGUCCAGAAUUCUAUGCAGGCAGGGUGCUCCUGUGCCAGGCAAAUCAAGAAGGAUCGCCCAUGUACAGUGCCCCCAGUUCACUAGUAUACACCUCCACAAUGCCGGGUUUCCCGUAUCCAGCUGCAACCGCAGCUGCUGCGUACCGAGGGGCCCACCUUAGAGGCAGAGGUCGCACCGUCUACAACACAUUUCGAGCUGCGGCACCCCCGCCUCCUAUUCCAGCUUAUGGCGGUGUUGUUUACCAGGAUGGAUUUUAUGGUGCAGACAUUUAUGGGGGGUAUGCAGCCUAUCGGUAUGCCCAACCUACUACCGCUACCGCCACUGCCUACAGUGAUAGUUACGGACGACUUUAUGCUGCAGACCCCUACCACCACACACUUGCUCCAGCAGCCACCUACGGCGUUGGUGCCAUGGUAAGUGUUUGCCUCCUUCUUCCACUACAUCCUUCUAACCCGGCUUCCUUUUUCCUCCCUUCGUCUCCUCCGUUCUUAACAUGGUUGACAU